CUUGGCUGCUGUACCUACCUGCAGCCCCCGCCUCUCCAACCCACCAACGCUGCCGCCUCAUCGCCAAGUACCUUAGUUCUCGUCUGAUUUUGGGAACUACCAGAUACAUGUCUGGAAGGGGAGAGCACCUCAAAGAUAAGGUAUGCAUUCAUGCAUCCAUACACCCAUCUCUCCAUAUAUGCAAUACAGCCACUCCUUUGACUUGAUGACUGAUCCAACUCUUUAGGGCACCAGAUUCCAGGUGGUUGUAGCAGGAGCUACUGCUGGGCUCAUAGCAAGGUCAAAAGCCCCAGAAGAGACGCACGAAUAUAGACGUCCGACUGACCAGACAACAGAUUCGUUAUAGCACCCCUCGACGUGGUCAAGAUUCGGCUUCAACUACAAAUACACUCCCUCUCCGGCCCAUUGUCGCAUCGAGAUUCACGAGGCUCACCAAUAUACAAAGGCACCUUACCAACCCUCAAACAUAUAGUUCGCGCCGAAGGACUCACGGGGCUAUGGAAAGGCAACAUCCCAGCUGAAUUGAUGUACGUAUCGUACAGCGCAAUUCAGUUUACGACCUAUCGCACUAUCUCGCUGGCGCUACAAGCGACUCUCGGAGAACGCAAAUUACCCGUUGCUGCAGAGAGCUUUAUUGCGGGUGCUGGUGCUGGUGCUAUAUCUACAACCGCAACAUACCCUCUGGAUCUCUUGAGGACUCGUUUCGCUGCCCAGGGAACGGAAAGGGUUUACUCAUCUCUACUGGCUUCAGUUCGAGAUAUUCUCCGCCAUGAAGGCCCUCGCGGAUUCUUCCAGGGACUAAGCGCUGGCGUGGCCCAGAUUAUCCCAUAUAUGGGCGUUUUCUUUGCGACGUACGAAACAUUGCGUCUCCCUAUGAGCAAUCUACAAAUGCCCUUUGGCUCCGGAGAUACUACUGCGGGUGUACUAGCUUCGGUGAUUGCGAAGACGGGCGUCUUUCCCCUAGACCUGAUCCGAAAACGGCUACAAGUGCAGGGACCUACCAGGUCGAAAUAUGUUCACAAGAAUAUUCCAGUCUAUCGAGGGGUAUAUCAUACCAUGCAGUACAUUAUCAGGAACGAAGGAACUCGAGGUCUGUACCGGGGGCUGACAGUUAGGUACGAAACAUCUAAAUAUCUCGUCCUACUGUGAUUGCAAUGCUAACUGGGGGUAGUCUUCUGAAGGCGGCGCCGGCAAGUGCAGUAACAAUGUGGACAUACGAAAGAGUUUUGAAUGGUUUGAUAGAAACGAAAUUGUCAAGACAGGAGCGAGAAGAACAGCACGCAUAACCAGGACUUGAGAUGAAAUGGAAUGAUAUUUCCUGUCAACUAUAGGAAACGUCAAUAUUUUCUAUUGAUGCUUGUUCUAUUGAUAUGCAUCGGUUCAGCGUUUGACUCGGAUGAAAGUGGAAUAUUACUGUAAGAGCAACGGCAAUUCAAUGUAUUUCAGCAUUCCGAAAAACUCGGAGAUUGACGGAAUUCAACAAUACUUUUACAUUGGACAGUCUUCGCUUACAGUGUUUUUUAUUUCUUGCUUCCACCUUUGAGGAUAGCGGUGUGUACACUUACUGCUACUAGUUAGCAAUGACCACGUUGACCACCGAUACCCCCAGGAUCAUGCAUCUGAAGCUGCCAAUGAAACCACCAUGGAUAUUCAUAUGCUAACUAAUCGGCUUCCUCGCUUCGCCAACGGCACUGAAAAGGCCAACGAGCCAAUUCCCCAGAUGCAAAAAGUCGGCAUCUUCCAAAACUUUCUUGGAGGACAAUUGUGGAAACUCGCGAUGGCUGUCGACUCCUCCUGGUAAACGUCAGCGCGAUGGACCACUACGGUAGCGAAAAGGAGGUACCUAUUAUGGAAAAGGUUCAACCCUACACCAUAGCCUUCCAAGUCAACUAGAUUUAUGUGAAUAUAUUAGAAAUUAGGAAAGGCGGGG